AUGGCGGACACGGCGACAGCAGCGACAACUGCGGCGGCCUCCAAGAAAAAGUACAGAAAUAAAAAGAAAAUACAGCAGCAGCAGCCACAAAAGUCAGAGGCAAAGCCAGCACAAGCAGUCAAGGCUAUUGUGCACCAGGCCAAUGGGCACGUCGUCCAGUCUGAGACUGAUGAAGCAAAUGUGUCCUUAAUCAAUGGCAUCAUGGAGCAGGUGCAACUCCGCAACAGAAGCAAUAAUAACAAUAGUAGCAGCCGCAGUAAGGCGAAAAACAACAACAAGUCCCAAGCAUCGAUCGAGGAAUCGGAAAGCGGGGAGCAGGAUCAGCAAACGACAAGCGUAUCAGCAGCAGAUACUGGAAUAGCGACAAGAAAAAUCACUGCCAACACACCCACAACAACAGCAAACAUUACGGAGGCCAGCGCCCAGGACGAGGCGCCUUCGACAUCAGCAGCUGCUGCGGCAGCCGUUGCUGAGUCAGAGCCCCAACAAGAACAACAACAGCUCCAGCUUGAACCUGCCAUUUCAGCCGAUGAGAUAGUCUAUAAAGAAUACGAAGCCGAGCAUCAAAUGCAUGAUAUAAUGCGUCUGAUACAAGCCGAGCUGUCUGAGCCAUAUUCGAUAUACACGUACCGCUAUUUCAUCUACAACUGGCCAAAACUAUGCUUCCUCGCCGCGCACGAUAAUCAAUAUGUGGGCGCCAUUGUAUGCAAGCUGGACAUGCAUAUGAACGUGCGACGCGGCUACAUAGCGAUGUUAGCGGUGCGUAAGGAGUAUCGCAAGCUUAAAAUUGGCACCACGCUUGUGACCAAAGCCAUUGAGGCCAUGCUUGCUGACAAUGCUGACGAAGUGGUGCUGGAAACGGAGAUGCGCAACGAACCGGCGCUCCGCCUGUAUGAAAACCUGGGCUUUGUGCGUGAUAAACGACUUUUUCGUUAUUAUUUAAACGGUGUGGAUGCGCUUCGCUUGAAGCUCUGGUUUAGAUGAGCCGAAGCAUCGUUAAAUGAUGUUGAAAUCAUUGUCUAGUGGCCGCCAAGCGAGAGCUCUAAAUAGGAUGCCUUGUUUCAACUAUAUAGUUAAAACCCAAUGUUUUCCUUGGGCUGGCUUCCAUACUGUUCACAAGAACGGGACUCUUGUUUGUUUUUUUUUUUUAAAUAUAUAUAUAUAUAUUUAUACAUAUAUAUGAAUAUUAAUUUUAUUAGGCAUUUGUUUGUCGUUUAAUUUCUUCUCACGUGGCGCAUGACAAACAAUCUUUUGUACCUAUUAACUAGGCUUUACAAUUUUUAUUUUUUUUUUAAUUAAUGUAUGUAAAUUAUUUGAAUAAUUUAAGCGUAUGGCAACAAAUGAAACAACUUUAGAAGCAGCAGCCGUAAAAACAACAGUAACAGUAACAACAAAUAAAUUCAUGCAAAUAAAAACCUUACGUACACAUGCAAUACGUGAUUUACAUACUUACAUAAUUGCCUAAAUGCGAGUGCAGAAAAACGAAGAAAAUCAGAAGCAAUAACCGAUUGCAAUAUAUUGUACAUUAAACACAAACGAUAUUACAAUCUAAAGCGCAUAAACAAACACACAUAAACUAAUAAACAAAAUAUUCAUAUUUAUUUAGAACUAUGUUAUAAAA